AUGGAUCCAAGACACCGCCAGCCUGCUCCCGUGCCACGGUCCAACAACGCCAACUCCAACUCCAUCUCGAAUGCAGGCUCCAACGGCGCCUCUCCUUUUCCUCCCGCCUCGAUCGUCGUGCCGCCUUCUCUGCACUCGGCCCAUCGCCACCCCUUCGCGACGCACACCUUUGCACCCGUCUCCGCGUAUGCCUCCGACCCUCGUCGGGCCUCAGACACCCCGUACUACCCGCCGGCCGGCCGCGCCAGCUUGCCAGCUCCGGAGCUUGGCCACAACCAUUCGCAGUCGCAGUCGCAGUCGCAUUCACACUCGCGCGCGCAGAGUACUUCGUCGCUCCCUUCGCUCCCGUCUGCCAGGGAGCACAGUCGCGUAAUGCCUCCUCCGCCAACCUCGCCCUCGCAGGGCCAGCCGCCGCCGCCGCAUCAUCAUCAUCACCAGCAGUCGCAGAGCUCCGUGAGCUACGGCCCGAUGCCGACUCGACCGCCUUCUCUUUCUGCUGGGCCAUCAACUUCGUUCCCGUCUGGAAGAGAGCUGCCGGCCUUGAGCUCGCUCACCAGGCCGGGUGGCGGCGCUGGAAGUAGCUCCAUGUCGAUAUCUUCUAUGCUUGGCGGACCGCCUCCAGCUUCCCGUGAUUCACAACCUCCGCCACACUACUCAUCUCACGGUCCUCCGCCAUCAUCAGGGCCGGGAUAUGGGCCUGCCAUGCAAGCUUCGCCAAGGUUGCCUUCUGCGUCAUCCGAAUAUCCCCCAUUUCGCCGACCUCAGACCCCUGACCAUCCACGACCAUACGAUCCCCGAGGCAGUGCUGCACCGUCACCUCAUGGCCCCUUUGCGACCACACCCGACCUACAACGAUACAAUACACCCCAGGGCUAUCACCAGCGUCACCCGUCUGCACCCGCCGAUACUUCGCGAGAGCCAGGGAGAAUGUCUGCCGGUCCGCCACCGACUCAAAACAAACCGCCGCCGCCGUAUGGUGGUAUGCCACCGCGGCCAUUGGAGGUGGGCCGAUCGGAUGACCCUUAUGCAAGACGAGAUGAUAGCCGGCCGCCCCCAGCCAUGGAAUAUAAUCCUGAACGGCCGGGUCUCAGGCCAUACCCUUACGAUGAACGGUUCCACCCCGAUAGAGAUCGACAGCCAGUUCCCGAGGCUCGUGAGAGAGAAGGUAGGGAGCGAGCGUAUUCGGGAGGGGCCGAUUCGCGCCGGCAGCAGCAGCAGCAUAUGUCUCCUCAUGAGUUGGGACAUCGAGACACUCACCCUGGACAGGCUGCUUAUGGGCGUCCUCCGGAACACCGAGAUACUCGCGAUCAGUGGGGACGACCAACUACUUCAGACCCGAAUUAUAGACCGCCCCUCGAGCAUCAACGACCUCAACACUCAGAGUACCCCCCUGCAUCCGGACCAUACUCUCACCACGGGCAGCCGUAUCAGGCUUCUCCCCCCGAUCGUUAUCCGCCAACCUCGCAUCCUCCUCAUCCAUCUGGAAACGCGCCGGCGCCACCUCCACAGUCCUACGAGGCUGACCGAGCUCGCAUGGAUCAAAUUCACCCUCAUCCACCUCAACCUCAGGGCCCUCCCCGCCGUGAAGAACCACCACCACCGGCUCCUGCGGGCUAUGGCACCUCGCAUGGCCCCUCUUUUGAUUCGCCUCGUAAGGAGAGUGACGAUCAUCACGGGCCGAAUGGGCUACAGCGAAACUUAUUGGCAGUACAAGAUAUUAAUCGCAAGGGUCGAAUGUCUCCUCUCCCGCAAGCAGUCCAAGGCGCACAACCACAGCAGCCUGGCCCUGCGGCCGAGCCAGGCAUCAAGAGUGAAUUUGGUCGCAUGUUUUCCGGCAUUGGGAGCGGCGUCAGUGGUAUCGGCAUGUCCAGCCCGGUAGCAUCUUCGGCCGCGACGGCGUUCCCAAGCCAAACCUCACAUCCUGCAGGUGCCAAACGCGAAGACAUUGAGAGUGUCGGGGUGGACUCUGUCGUCGACAAUAUCAAGGGCGCAAAGCCUGGAAGGAGACGAAAGUUAAAGGAUGAAGAUGCUCGUGAUGAUGAUAGUUCUGGCAGACUUACGCCUGCAGGCCGAGCAAACAAACGUGCCAAACCGCAUCAGCAUCAUCACCACCAUCAUCAUCACCAUCACCACCACCACGGACAAGAUUCAGUACCAUCACCGACGACUGCGGCUGCUCAGUUUAAGAAUCUUAAAGGCAGUACACCGACAGCUUCGCCGACUGAAAAGUCCCACCACCACCACCAUCAUCACCAUGGCCAAAAGACCGGGGCUCCCGCGCCGGCCAGCCAGACUAAGCCUGCGCCUCCUGUCAUACCACCAAAGACCAAAACAGUUGUAGCCUCCAAGCUUGUCUUGGACUCGGUCGCCAAUCGCGCAAGACAUCAUCUCGGAGAUUUCAUAUACGAACCCGAACUGAAGCCGGGUCGACUACUUCCAAACACACCCACACACAGAGGCUUCUCGUCGAAUCCUAAGCCGCUUCCCUGGGAUAUCAUCAAGGACAAGGAGAAUUGCAUACUGACAGUCAAGGUGCCGCUUAUACAUCUCUCUCCUGUAGCUCGCGAGGAAAUCACGGCGCGGGCCUAUCUGUGGGGCACAGACGUUUACACUGAUGAUUCGGACGUAGUUGCGGCUUGCAUCCAUGGCGGCUGGAUAAAGGGCGAGUGGACAGACGACGUUGAUACGGCCAUGUUGGACCUGGAACAGGGAACAGCUGAGGGUGGCAAGCGCAAGACCAAGAUUCCAACCCCAGAGCUGCCGAGUCGAGAAUCAGAAGGCGCCAUCACCGCGCCGCCGCCACUGGGACCCAUGGACAUCCCAGCAAACCGGGAUUUGCAUGUCAAUGUUUUGAUCCUACCUCGACUCGUUAAAUACUCGGGGUCUACGCGAUUUGGCAUUUCUAGCCGUGAGUUUGGAGGUCAAUACGGCAGCCGACACUCGGUUCACGAUGGCAUAAGCUACAUGAUCAAAAGCAUCCGAUGGGUAGAAAACGGUGCGCAGCCCCAGGCAAGGCUACGCGGCAAAGCUAGGAGAGAGCGCAUGCGUAAAGCAAUGAAGGAGGUCACAGCUAGCUUUGGCAACAUCCAUGGGCUUGACGUGGAGCAAAGCAAGGAAAGCAAUGCGUCGCCCCAAAGAGGCGAUAUCAUCGGCAACUGGAGGAAGAAGGACCAGCCGGAUGCGCCCGCAGAGGCUGUGAAUGACAAGCCGGACCAAGAGCGCGCAGCCAGCGAGGGAAACAAGGAGAACCGCGUAGUAACGGCGCAGCCUGGAAACUCAGAAGAGCCAGCCAAAGAGACGAAGAAAACGCCAGAUCAAGAUGUUGAAAUGACGGAAGCAGAUGCGGGGAAGAAAGAGUCGGAUACUGUCGAAGAAAAGUAA